AUGACAACGCCAACUGAGCCAGGGGCAAAUCCUGGUCACAAUCAGGUGCCAACCCACCAGGAUCUUGAUCCGGCUCAGCACCAUGACCAGGUACAGCGCCUGGGCGUUCCGGCGCCCACAGCAAAACCGUCCGCAGGCCGCCGACUAAGCGCUGCCUCUGAUAUUUCAGUCUCAAACAUCUCCACGACGUCCUCCGGCAACGAGAAGUGGCUCUCCCCCUUGGACAGAUUAUCACUGCAGCCAGUUGAGAAUGCUGCGAUACCUACAGGUGGUGCAGGCCAGGCCAUGAUGGAUGACGAUGGAGUCGACCUGAGCUCCCUGAAGGCGGGGGCGACUGACCGCCGACCCGGACCGGGACCAGAACAACCUCUUUACCACCAACAGAAUGCAUCUUCGACCCGCAUGCCCUUUCACGGUGACGAGUCCUUUCCCGGCACGCCGCAGCUUUACACACCCGAGCCUUACAGCGGCCAGUAUGCGGGACCCCAGAGAGACUCCCAGGCAGAGCUGCUCCUCGAUUCACAGCGGAACCGGCAUUCAGCCCGCUCCGUCUCUUUCGGUCCGUCGACGACUUUCAUGUAUCCUGGCCAGGGCAAAGAGCCCCCAAAUCGGAGCAGCAGUCUGCGCCCUCGGACAUGCAGGCCAAUGUGGCACUCCUCGCUCGGCAUGUACGUGUGCUUCAUCUUCGGGCUCCUCUGCGCAGUUGGCCAUCACAUCUUCUAUGCCUCGCUUGACGGUGAGCCCGCCGAGAGCCAGACUGAGAUGCUGCGAUAUGGAACCUUCCUCGCCUAUGCGGCCAAGGCAGGAUUCAGUGCAGCUGCUAUCUCAGCCUUUAAGCAGCGCAUAUGGGUCACUGUUCGCUCGAGGUUCAUGAGCAUCUCCGCACUGGACUCCAUGUUUGCUGCGGCUGAGGAUAUGGCUGCCCUGAUCAAUUGGGAGUUCUUGAAGGAUGCAAAAGCUGCUUUCGCUUUGGUAUUCUUUGCUUGGACAACGCCCCUGGUAGUCAUCCUGACAGCAAAUACCCUGUUGGUGGAGCCACGAACGAUCGUGAACAAUACGACGUGCGCCUCAGUACGGACCUUGAAUUUUACGUUCGAAGAUCUCAACGACUGGAGGAAACCAAAACAGAUCGAUGGGCUUUUUGAGAUUCCAGUGUCAAUUUGGAACACUACCAAACGGGAUGAUCAGACCGACGAUGACUGGUUCGACUACUACACCGGACCGAGUCCCAACUUCCAGCAGACAGCGACACUCGGUGCUUUCCUGCAAGAAGUUGUAGCGCGAAAGAAUGCUUCCUACGAGGUUUGCGGCUCCGGCUGGAACUGCACCUUCAACAUCGAGUUCACUGCACCCGGAUACAACUGUACUGAGGUAGCAAGCGGAGUAAACUCGACGCCGGCAAACCUCACCCAAGAAUCUGGCCAGGCCGAAGCCCCCUUCGGCACUGACUUCCUACUCCCUCAGGGCAAACACAGCUAUUAUGCCUAUGCUACCGGCGGGGAAUACUCAACCACGCAGUUAAAGAACGUCGGGGUGAGCGGCAUUCCGAACAUCCCCAAUUCUGAAUUGCCAGCCCAUUUCGGUGCAUUAAGGGUAGAGCCAAUUCUCUGGAUUGGAUACGUCGUGUUAAAUUCUCCCGGUGAAGUACAGCCCAAUCGUUCUGAUCCAGGUUGGCAAGAUGCGUUCACACCGAAGAUAUUUGCCUGUGAGCACCGUGAGACAGACUACAUCGCAACGUUCAACUACACCGAUGGAUCGCAGUCCGCCGCCAUAAGCAGUCGCAAGUUCGGCGCACCAAUCAUCAACACCACUUUUAUUCCCAGUAUAGAGGCCAACGACGGGACGGACGACAACAUUACCGCAAUACCCGAGGAGAACUAUAUAUAUCCCAAUGACACGGCCCGUUAUCGCCGGGUCGCUGCGUACCAUUCACUGGGAUACAUGUUACGAAACUUUAUUAAUGGCACAGUUGAGGUUGAGGAUACACUCAUCAACCCUAUCCAGAAUACCGAAGCCAUCCAGACUAAGUUGCUUGACCCGCGCAACAAUUACUUCCCUUACUCCAACCUCAUGCCUAUGGUACAAGGCCUCUAUGAAGACCUCAUCUUAUCCAUGUUCAGCAAUCCGCAGUUCGUCGAGGUCGUCUGGGCCGCGAGGCCCUCUGAGCAGUCCGGGACCCUUCUUGACGGCGGAGUACCCGCAUCGUCAGGCACGCCGACCGGCACCGGCGACGAGUCAGACUACAAAUACAACUGCACAAAAACUCGCACCGCUAAUGCGUAUGCCUACCACAAGCGGGACCUGUGGAUCGUAUACGGCAUCGCAGUGGUGCUAACACUGAUCUGUGUCACUGUUGGUGGCUUGGCGAUCCGCGAGAACGGGGGCGUCACGCGGAACACGCGCUUUUCAUCCAUCGUCGCCGCCACGAGGGGUCCUGCGCUUGAGAAGGUAGCCUGGAUGGGCCCGCUUCAAGACAGGGGAGAUGUUCCCAAGGAUGUCAAGAGCCUUAGGCUCGGCUACGGCAUUAUGAAUGAAAGCAAGCUGGGGCUAGGCGCGUGGUCACCGCCUCCGGAGAUCGGACCGGAUCCCAACCUCGUUGGAGUUGAAGGUGAAGGCUUUAACGAGCGUAUGGUCUCCGAAGAAAGAUCGAGCUCAGGAUACUUCCGUAGGAGGAGGGCGUUUUCGACUGAUAUGAGGUGUGGCUUCGGACUCAAGGGAGAUGUAGACCAGAGACACGGGGAAGGAAGUUUGUUCCAUCGAUAG